UUGGAAAGCUCGCCCGCACAGGUGUGAGUGCUACAAUGAGCCUGGGUGCGCUCCAGAGCGGACUGGAAGGUUUCAGCAUUGCGACAUGGGUUGCAGCUGAUUCUGAUGGCAAGCAGGAGAUCUUAUCGAAGCUCUUCCAUAGGCGUCGUCAAAUCAAGAUGGUCGUGAAGGCAGCUGGAAAUCGUUUUGACAGGACAAUCUCUGCAUUCAUCAUGGAGGAGCAAGUUGAAGCUGUGCACGACAACAACAAACGUGGAGCGCCGAAUGCUCCCCCCGCCAUUCCAUCGACACCCGUGAAACUCGCUCAGCGUCGUGGCGACCAG